CGUCCCGCUCGCCCUGGGCUCUCGGUUUGCUUCCUCGGCCCCCGCUUUCUGCAGUUCGGCUGCCAAUUGGUCAGCGGAUCUCAGCCGCAUGGAGGCCUCAGAGCACAGACCCGGGCUUCCCUUGGGUCAAGAUGGUGAGCCCACCUACACUGGAAACGGGCCCCAGGGCUGCCGUCUCCCUUCCAUUUCAAGAGCAACCGGUGGCAGAGAGCUGGAGAAGGUCCAAGAAAAAAAAAAGGCAGAAUCUGACAUGACCGACAUGGAGAGGAGAUACAGUUGCAGUUGGAAGAAAUCACCAGGGCUGGGUACUAAAUACAGUGAAUUUCUGGAAUCUGAGGGACGCUUUGCCAAUGCAACACCCUCUGGCAGAAGGGUCAGCUCCUCAUCUUCUGUUGAAACAGGUCUAAGUGUCAGUGUGCUUCCAUGCCCCCAUGGAGCAUCUGUCCAUCUAGACACUGCUGCAGAUUUGGAUCUGAGAUCCUCCUCCUCACAUUCUGAUCACUCUUCUGAAACUCCAUUGCUUGAAGCUCCAAAGGAUAAAUAUCCUGAGGAAUUCAGCCUGCUCAAAUUGCAGACAAAAGAUGGGCAGCGACCUGAGUGGACGUUUUACCCAAGGUUUAGCAGUAACAUCCACAACUACCAUGUUGGAAAGCAGUGCUUCUUUAAUGGGGUCUUCCUUGGCAACAGGAGGUCUCUAACAGAGAGGACGGUGGACAAAUGCUUGGGGAGGAAGAAAUAUGAUAUCGAUCCCAGGAAUGGAAUCCCAAAUUUAACUCCUGGGGAUAAUCCAUACAUGUACCCAGAACAGAGUAAAGGCUUCCACAAAGCAGGAUCAACUCUUCCACCAGUGAGAUUUUCAAUAGUGCCUUACAAAAGGAAAUUUGAUACAUUUAUUCCACUUGAGCCUCUUCCACAAAUUCCCAACUUGCCUUUCUGGGUGAAGGAGAAGGCCAACAGGCUGAAGAAUGAGAUAAGAGAAGUUGAGGAGCUUGAUAAUUGGCAGCCAGCGACUCCCUUACUACACGGUUUAUUUUCUCCUGGUGGGUUAAAAAACCUUCAAAAAAUAUUAUAAAAACUGGAGGCAAGCCCAGAAGAGCAGGCUUUUGAGAGGCUUUGCUGUGGAGAGACAGAAGGCAAAAGUUUCUCUCAGAGCAGAUGGUGCCUUGGGCAGAUGUCAUGACUGUGCAUCAUGGGGUCACUGUGUUGAUUGGCAACUGUGUCUUGUAAUGGAACACAGCCUUUAACUCCUGACUCUAUCCACAGGUUCUUUGGAUAUUUCAAGGCAAUCCUGAGCAGAAACAGGCCCACAAAUCAUGCACUGAUUGCACUCUGGCGAACCUCUUCCAAUUGCUUGUCUUUGUUGG